AUGGGUCUCGCUUUGAAGAAGCCUGCUGGCGUGCCAGGCAAAUCAUGGCCAGCUAUUGUCAUUGGUAUGUUCGUGGCGUUUGGUGGUGUUCUCUUUGGAUAUGACACGGGAACUAUCUCUGGUAUCAUUGCUAUGUCCUACUGGCAAAAUCAAUUCUCGACGGGUUUCCGAGAUUCGACAGGUCACCUCAACAUCGACGCUUCACAAACAUCCGAGGUCGUCUCUAUUCUUUCUGCGGGAACAUUCUUCGGAGCUCUGACUGCGGCGCCAGUCGCUGACUUUAUCGGAAGACGCUUUGCUCUGAUCUUUUCCUCCUUUGUAUUUAUACUCGGUGUCAUCUUGCAGACUGCGGCAACUGCGUUGCCAAUGUUCGUCGCUGGUCGAUUCUUCGCUGGUUUCGGUGUUGGUUUGGUGUCGGCUUUGAUCCCAUUGUACCAAUCCGAGACUGCUCCAAAAUGGAUCCGAGGUGUCAUUGUCGGCUCUUAUCAGUUGGCCAUUACCAUCGGUCUCCUCUUGGCUGCCAUUGUCGACAACUCUACUAAGAAUCGCAACGACACUGGAUCCUACAGAAUCCCAAUUGCUGUCCAAUUCGCAUGGGCCAUCAUCCUGAUCACCGGAAUGCUCAUCCUCCCAGAGACACCUCGAUAUCUGAUCCGUUCAGGGAAGCCAGAGAAAGCUGCCAAGUCUCUCUCCAAGCUUCGACGACUUCCUGAGGAUCAUGCUGCUAUCAUUGACGAGUUGGGCGAAAUCCAAGCCAAUCACGAGUACGAACUUACACUUGGACAAUCCUCCUACAUUGACUGCUUCAAGGGUGGCGUUCGUAAGAGACUGCUCACUGGGUGUCUUCUCCAAGGACUUCAACAGCUGACUGGUAUCAACUUCAUUUUCUACUACGGAACACAGUACUUCAAGAACUCGGGCAUCAAGAACGCUUUCGUUAUUCAGAUGAUUACCAGCGCCAUCAACACGGCUUCUACUCUUCCUGGUCUCUACGCAAUCGAUAAAUGGGGUCGACGUCCGCUACUCUUUUGGGGUGCUAUUGGUAUGACUGUCAGCCAACUUCUUGUCGCCGUUCUCGGUACGACUACCACUGGUCAAAACGCGGAUGGGUCCCUUUACUCGAAGAACGAUGCUGCUCAGAAGGCUUCUAUUGCGUUCGUCUGUAUCUAUAUCUUCUUCUUUGCCUCUACUUGGGGCCCAAUUGCCUGGGUCGUCACCGGUGAAAUCUUCCCUCUUAAGGUCCGAGCCAAGGCUCUUUCCAUGACCACUGCAACCAACUGGCUUCUCAACUGGGCCAUCGCCUACUCCACCCCAUACCUCGUCAAUUGGGGUCCAGGAAACGCCAAUCUCCAAUCCAAGAUCUUCUUCAUCUGGUUCGGAUGCUGCUUCCUCUGCAUCACCUUCGUCUACUUCAUGAUCUACGAAACCAAGGGUUUGACCCUGGAACAAGUUGACGAGUUGUACGACGAAGUUAAGGUCGCGAGACAGAGUGUGGGAUGGAGACCUACCACGACGUUCAGGGAGAUCAGAGCUUCGGUCGCUGGACAGGGCGGUGUUCAUGGUGCCAAGGCUCCUUAUGAGGAGAAGACUGAGGGUGCGGGGUAUAGCGCUGAGCAUGAGUCUUAG